GUGGAACGCAUCCUUGGGAUAUCUUUGCAUAUGCCCCAUCCAGGAGGAAGCUCUGUGAUGUAUGGAUUGUACAUUUGCAUAUUCAAGUCAGACUCUUCAUAAGGCAUAGAUAGAGGCCAGGAUUGGGAUGGAAGAGCCAGCAUCAGUGGAAGGCCAGGCCCAGCUCCCAAGCCCCCACCAGGGCUCACUGAGGAAGGCUGUGGCUGCUGCCUUGGCCCUGGAUGGGGAAUCUACAAUGGGUCGCAGGAAAAAGAAGAAGAAAGAGUCCCGCCCAGAAUCCAUCAUCGUCUACCGCUCAGACAAUGAGAAAACGGAUGAGGAGCCUGGGGAAUUAGAAGGUGGAGAGCAGCCUAAAGAGGAGGAGGGAGAUGAUUUCCUAGACUAUCCUGUGGAUGAUGGUGUGUGGAACAUGCCCUUGGAUAGUUGCUAUGUGACAUUAACUGGGACCAUCACACGUGGGAAGAAAAAGGGUCAGAUGGUGGACAUCCACGUCACAUUGACCGAGAAGGAGCUGCAGGAACUGACCAAGCCUAAAGAGCUGUCAAGGGAAGCAACAUCGGAAGGAAGAGAGGCCUGCCAGGUGGGAGCCGACCGUGGGCCCCACGUGGUCCUGUGGACGCUGGUCUGCCUGCCCGUGGUUUUCAUCCUCUCUUUCGUUGUCUCUUUCUACUAUGGCACUAUCACCUGGUACAACAUCUUUCUCGUGUACAAUGAGGAGAGGACCUUCUGGCACAAGAUCUCAUGUUGCCCCUGCCUCAUUCUCUUCUAUCCAGUGCUCAUCAUGGCCGUGGCCUCUGCCCUGGGCCUCUAUGCCGCCGUGGUCCAGCUCUCGUGGUCCUGGGGAGCAUGGUGGCAAGCUGCUCGGGACAUGGAGAAGGGCUUCUGUGGCUGGCUCUGCAGCAAGCUGGGGCUGGAGGACUGUUCUCCCUACAGCAUUGUGGAGCUGCUUGAAUCUGACAAUAUCUCGGCCACUCUUUCCAACAAGGACCCCAUCCAGGAAGUAGAAACCUCCACUGUCUAAACUCCCACCAACUUACUUCCUUCUCUGGCUCCAGUAGCCUAUAUAUCAUCUUAUAAUUUCACCAGAUUCUUUCCUUAAAUUACUCCCUCCCCACCACAGUUCUUCUGGAAAAUCCUAGCCCAUACUGAUCUGUCCUGCCAUCUUGAUGAUUCCUGGAGGGCAGGGAACAGAAUGGCAGUUUGUGCUAAACCAUUCCAUCCAAUGGACAAACUUUUCUUGAUUCUCUGCCCUAAAAUGUCCAUUUAUCAGGGACAAGGAGCUCCAUUGUAUAUCAGUUUAGGAGCCUGAAGAUGUUACUGGUGCCUGGACCCCAGGGGAGUGUGUGACUUAAUGUGACAGGGAGAAUAAGAGGCUCAGGAGUGACCAAGUCCACCAAGAGGAUGGAGUGAAACAUUUAGGAAGCUGGGCUGCCACAGUAUAGCAGAAAGUAAAGAUUGGUAUGUAUCAUUUAGAGUUAAAUUUAGCUGCAUAUAAUUAAAACCCUAAAAUAUCAGUGGUUUAAACAA